ACUUCGUACACUCCGUGUGAAAUUACUUUCAAUUCCGAGUUCUAAUCCGGAGUUCUACCUUACUAAGUAAGGUAGUAAAGGGGCUAUCGUUAACUGGUAUCCGUAUAUUAUCUCGAGCCAGGCUUACCUCUGUUCCCCAUCCAACUGUCAUCGAAUAUACGUGUCAAACAUUUAUGAAAAUAAGUUGUUUGACCUUGUGCUCGUCCGACUCAUCUAAAUUCCAAUCUGCCACAAGGCAGACGUUAAACCAUCAUGCCUCUGUAAGCCCCUCCUAAGUAAUGUGUUCCGAAAUAACCAAGAUAAAUGCUGAUUUUCUUAGUCACCUUCUGGGCAAGAAGUCGUGGAACGUCUACAAUGCCGACAACAUCGCCCGCGUCCGGCGCGACGAAGCGGCCGCGAAAGCCGCCGAGGAGGCCGAGGAGCAACGCAUGCAAGAAGUCGACGCAGAGCGCCGGCUAGCCAUUCUCCGCGGCGAAAUGCCCCCGCCGUUACCCCCAUCCAGCUCCAAAUCCGGGCCCUCGGAUGCCAACGAGACCCGGCUGCGCGGGGCCGAGAGGCCACCAGGGGCAGAGGGUAUAGGUAGAGAACGCAAGAAACGCAAGCGCGUAGGCGAGGACGAUACGGACUUCGAAAUGCGCAUUGCGAAGGAGCGCGCUGUCGUCGCUGCUGGUGACGACAACGACGACAACGCAAUCCCCGUCCGGCGGAGCAAAACUAGCGAUGCGCCCCUCGUGGACCGCAGCGGGCACAUCGACCUCUUCGGCGCGGCACGGGAACAUGCCGUCCGGUCGCAGAAGAACGAGGAAGCGGAACGGGAGGCUGCGAAGAAGAAGCGUGAGUUGGAGGAUCAGUACACGAUGCGCUUCGUGAAUGCGGCGGGCAAGGACGGCCUAUCGGCGCCGUGGUAUUCGAAAAAGGCAGACGUGGGAAGAGGUGCCGACACUGGGAUGACACUUGCGGAGGACCAGGGGAGGGAUGUAUGGGGAAACGAAGACCCUGGACGGAAAACGCGUGAUUCUGAGAGGAUAGUGGCAAGCGACCCGCUCGCCAUGAUGAAGAAGGGCGCUGCUCGAGUGAGGGAGGUGAAGAAGGAGAGAGCAAAUUUUGAAGAGGAACGACAGAGAGAACUGAAAGAAUUGCGCCGGGAAGAGAAGCGAAGGGAGAGGUAUGAGAGACGAGAAAGACGGGACAGGGAUGAAAAGCACCGCAACUCGGACGGAAAGCACCGGGAUCGCAGAACGAGACCCCGACACAAGGGACGACGAGGAGAGACAGCGGCGUAGCCACCUCAAGCUGUCACGCCAUGAUUAAUUAUCCCCUUUCUACAAUGAUACCCCUCUUUUACGUCUUCUUUAAGGCACCCAUGCCGG